AUGUCAAAAUAUCAAUCAAUAGACCAAUCAGACUCAAAUAGUGGCGUUGGUGAUCAUAAUGGAAGAGCAGACGUCCAUGGUCCCCACGAAGGCGAACACGAGCGCUUACAUCGCAACAAUCCAGAGCCCGUUAGUCCCACCUGCGUGCCUGCUGAGGAUCGGCUUUCCUCAUCCGAUAUGGAAACACAAGCAUUGCUAGACCCAGAUGACCCAAUAGUCUCGCCACUAAACUUGGAUAGGAUAAAACUACUUAAAUACAUUCAGUUGAUUUUAGUAUUUGUCAAUCUUGUGUUAUUCUUUGUGUUGUUGUUUAGUGACUUUUUCCCCAUCCCAGGAUUCAACAAUAGAGGCAAAUCAUUUUUGCAAAUUGACUUGGUGUUGAUAUCUUUAUUGUUAAACGGGUUAAACAAUGCGUCAUUUGUUGUGCCUGCUUAUUAUGAGCGGAUUGGUGGGUAUAUUGUCCUGGGAUUGUUACUCCUUGAUUUGAUUUUGGUUACUACUAUACCUGAAACGAGACAAGAGCAAGGGUUUUUGGGUAGUUUUUUGAUCUUGUGGACUGCUCUUACUUCGUUGCUUAAUUCACUAAUUGACUAUUGGGUGGAGGAAGCUAAGCAUUAUCAAGAGAUUAGAUACACUGGAAGAAUUGAAAAACGGAAAUCUGUUCGAGAGUUGUUUGUCAUCUUUGUAAAGACGUUGUUUGAGUUGUUUAUAUUGUGGGUGGUUUGGUGUAUCAGUUUAACCAUUUGGUUGCACUGUUUUGAUACGCAUGAAAAACCAUGGGGUCAGUUGGUUCCUGUGAAUAAUAAUCAAUUUAGAGUACAUUUGGCAUGCUUUGGUGAUGUACACGACAAGAAAUCGGAUCAACCAAUAGUCUUGGUUGAAGGUGGUCAAUUGACUUCAAGUGAAGUUUUUCAAGAGUGGAUUGAAGAGUUGCACCUGUUGGAUAAAGUUGAAAGAUAUUGUGUUUGGGACAGACCAGGGUACGGAUUUUCCGACUCAGCACCACCACCACAAAGCAUUGGUAUUGUUGUUGACUACCUCACGGAAGCAUUGGAGUCGCAGGGUAUUGAGGGCCCAUUUGCUGUGGUUGGAUUUGAUAUUGGUGGGUUAUACGCUCGUUUAUUUGCCAGCAGGCACCGAGCCAAGAUCCACUCCAUUCUUUUUGUUGACUCAUGGCCGGCUGACCUACUCAAGAAAUGGCCGUUUAGCGGUUCGGGAAAGAAGAAUGAAUCAACCAAAGUGUUUAAACACUCGUUGGAGGUGAUGGACAACAUAACUGGUAUCAAGUUGUGGCUCAAAGGUUUUAUUUCACCAUUGGGCAUUAUCCCCAGCUUCCAUUGGUUUUUCCACCCAAUGAAGUUUUCAAGCAAAAGUCGAAUUUUCGGUAGGGACAUGUAUUACCAAUCGAAAUACAUUCGUGCUAGAUGUCAAGAACAAUUAGUGUCGGGAAUCUUGUCUUACAACGAAAUCAAAGAUGCCGACAUCAAUGAGUUGCAAGUUGGAGUCAUCUCCUCUGAUUUCAUGAUUAAGAAAUCGUUGAAUUGGGGUAAAUGGCAAAGAGAGUUGACUAAAUUGAGUUCAAGAACUGCAGAGUGGGUUAUUGCUGAAAACAGUGACCACUUUAUUUGGCGCAGUUCAAAAGGAAGAAAAGAGUUGCAACAAUUGUUGUUGCGUUUGAUAGGAGAACAAGAGUAUUGA